AAAAAUGGGGUAUUGGCUAUGCGCUGCGGGGACGCAGACUUUUUCAAAGCCGCCUUUUUGACCCUCUUCCGUUGCCGUACUCGUAUCUCCCACCACCGUUUUCCAGCACACAAACACACGUGGAUUUUACAGACCGAAGGCACAAACAACAAUAAUAUGGCAAGCCACGGGCUCUCUUACGACGGCUGUAAUUUCUUCAGACAGCGGCUGGUUCUGUCCACACUCAGUGGGAAGCGAGUUAAAAUAAAAAACAUCCGCUCUAAAGACGACGACCCGGGGCUCCGCGAUUUUGAAGCCAGCUUCAUCAGACUCCUUGACAAGGUGACCAAUGGCUCCACAAUAGAGAUUAACCAAACAGGUACCGUCUUAUUCUACCAGCCCGGUUUGUUGUACGGAGGAGCUGUGGAACAUGACUGCAGCCCGCAGCGAUCCAUCGGAUACUACCUGGAGGCUCUGCUCAUGCUGGCCCCUUUCAUGAAAACGUCUCUGAAGGCAACUCUGAGAGGCGUUACCAACGACCCCACCGACCCCACGGUGGACCUGCUGAAGACCACGGCCCUCCCCCUGAUGAAGAAGUUUGGGAUUGAUGGAGAGGGUUUUGAUCUGAAGGUGUUGAAAAGAGGGGUUGCACCCGGUGGGGGUGGAGAAGUGACUUUCACGUGCCCCGUCCACAGGACCAUCAGACCGGUCCAGCUGACCGAUCCAGGCAAAAUCAAAAGGAUCAGAGGCGUGGCAUACUCGGUGCGAGUUUCUCCCCAGAUGGCCAACAGGAUCGUGGAUUCGGCCAGAGGCGUCCUCAACCAGUUCCUCCCAGACAUCUACAUCUACACAGAUCACAUGAAAGGAGCCAACUCCGGCAAGUCUCCGGGGUUUGGUCUGACGUUGGUGGCGGAGACGCUGAAUGGCUGCUUCCUGAGCGCAGAGAUGUCGUCCACGCCACAGGGGCAGGGAGACCCCGUGCUGCCGGAGGAACUCGGCCGAAGCUGCGCCAAACUGCUUUUAGAAGAGGUGUACAGGGGCGGCUGUGUGGACUCCACCAAUCAGAGCCUGGCGCUGCUCCUGAUGACCCUUGGCCAGCAGGACGUAUCAAAGGUUCUGCUCGGACCCCUGUCGCCGUACACGAUCGAGUUCCUGCGCCACAUCAAAGAUUUCUUCCAGAUUAUGUUCAAAAUUGAGGUCCAGAAGCCUUCAGAAGAUGAGAGGAAGGGUGGAGACAAAGUUUUGAUGACCUGUGUCGGAGUAGGAUUCAGCAACAUAAACAAAACUCUCAAAUAAAUUAUUUUUUGUACAAAAA